UUGUGAAGAUCUCCUACUAGAUGAGUUACUGGUAUCAGCAUGAGAUCCAUACUUGCCUCUUGACUACACAGCUCUCUCUCUAGUUGAAUGCCCCAGAGACGACAAUAGCGCCCCCGCCAGCCGGGCUGUGUCCCGGGAAUCAGGUCCUGCGGGGAGGAGAGCAGAGCUGUGGCUGCCGUGAAGGCCUGCUCCUCCAGAGAGAGAACUACACCUGCAGGUCCAGCUUUGUACUGCAGGGGGAGACAUUGCACUGUUUGGACACUGAUGAGUGUGAAGGGGGUGCAGAGGCCUGCGGGCCCCAUGCCAGCUGGACCAACACUGUGGGCUCCUUCCUGUGUUGCUGCCAGCGAGGUUUCCUCAUGGGACCAGGCGCUGUGAGGACGUGGAUGAGUGUCAGCUGGCGCAGGUGACAGAUCUGCAGGCCUGCCCGGAGCACGCUGUAUGUCAGAACACGCCCAGCUCCUCCUGCGCUUGUGAGAAGGGCUUCGUUCUGGCGCUGGAUGGAAAGAACUGCGUGGACGAUAACAAGUGUGAGUCGGGGGAAGCAUGGCUGCGACACGAACGCUUGCUGUGGCAACAUCAUUGGCUCAUACUUCUGCCAGUGCUACCAGGGCUUCAACGGGGACGGGCACUCCUGCUUCAUUACCAGUUACACUCUUACAUGACCUGCCCUAUCGUAACAACAAUAGUCAGCAUGGUGCAAGCGGUCAGGCAGGGCGUCCGGGAGAGCUAUGUGGACCGCUGUGGACCCCUGGGAGUGCAUCUCUGCACCAAGUACAGAAUCAAUCAGGCUUGUAUGUAUGUGCAGGCGUACAAGGUGGGCUACAAGAUCCACUGUUCACAGAAAAAGGAGUGAUGAACCCAGACCCUGGAGAGACCACCAGCCCAGGAACCCAACAGACCAACUUCAGAGAGAUUGGGACCCCCAUCACAGCACUGACACUCCCACUGACAGCACAGCGAGACAGGCCUCUGUUCUACAGCACAGCGAGACAGGCCUCUGUUCUACAGCACAGCGAGACAGGCCUCUGUUCUACAGCACAGCGAGACAGGCCUCUGUUCUACAGCACAGCGAGACAGGCCUCUGUUCUACAGCACAGCGAAACAGGCCUCUGUUCUACAGCACAGCGAGACAGGCCUCUGUUCUACAGCACAGCGAGACAGGCCUCUGUUCUACAGCACAGCGAGACAGGCCUCUGUUCUACAGCACAGCGAGACAGGCCUGUGUUCUACAGCACAGCGAGACAGGCCUCUGUUCUACAGCACAGUGAGACAGCAGAAUGAGGCACCUCUCUGUGCAGCUCACUCAGUAGAAAACAUAAGAACACUUACGAGCAAGAGGCCUUUCGGCCCAUCAGUGCUCAUCCGGUUCCUAGUAGCUGAUUGAUCUCAAAACGUUGUCAAGUUGGGUUUUAUAGGAUCUCAAUGAUUCAGCAUCAGUAACUUGGCUAGGUAACCCAUUCCUUACCCUCACCACUCUAUGUGUGAAGAUGUUUGUCUCUUCCCUCUCCUAUUUCUAUCGCCACCUAAUUUCCUCUGGUCCUGGUUUCUGCUCUGUGCUUGUAGUAUCGGCUAAGAUUAACUUUGUCAGCUGUUGUUCAGAUUAUAAAGAUUUCUAUCAUACCUUGAUAUAACAGUAACUGACAGUACAGGAUCCAGAGCAGCCAGCAUGGGGAGGACUAUGGCUUUUCAUGUUGAAAUAUUCUUUCAUUUUCCAUUAGCUGGAAAACAAAAGUAUAAUUCAUACCAAAAAACAAUCUGUCAACAGUAAAAUAAAGUACUCCAUUAAAGUGAAUGUGUUUUUUUCAGAUAAAUUCUGCUAGAGGAACCAAUACAAGCAUGGUCAUUUUUGCCACCUGUUAGAUUUCAAUAUUUGACCCAUCAUUAAUAGCAACAGUGCAGCGCCCUCUGGUGUCUACAAAUCUGCAUGACCAUAUUUUAAAGGCAAUAACCAUUUGUUGCUGCAUUAUAAAUGAUAAAGCCACUCUCAGCCAAUCAAAACGGCAGAUUUCAGAACAUUCCAGCUACCAACUGACAACACUUCUAAAGACAUGGAUAACUUGAUUACCAUUGUAUUGGGCUCUUUCCUUUUAAUUAAAACGUGAUUCCUAAUGUUAAUAUAUGCAGUUGACCCUGUUUCUUAUGGUGUAAGUGUCUUCUUGUUUCGCUGUUGCUUCAGGCUCUCUUGUCCAUACCAGGGGUGUUCUCUCUGUUCCACUACACCUCUGAACAGCAGCGAUCUCUUCUUUUGUAAACUCAGUGGAAUAUUUGUCAGUGUUCACUGCUUUUGUGUUUUGUGUUUGUAUCACAGUUGAAAUAAAUCCUAUUGUUUGGUGUGUACAUUCAUUGCUUUAGCAGAAGCUAAAAUCAAUGGAGCACAGUGGGCUCGAUCAGUUCACUUUUGGAAAAUUGAAAUCUGUGCAAUAAAAAAUUCUUAUUCUAGUUUAAACACAAAAUGUGCCUCAUCAUGUUUGCUUAAUAUUUGAGACCUUUGUGCUGUAGCAAAUGGAUGUGCACAGCAGGUAAAAAAAAAAUGUAUUCCCUUUGACAAAAAAAAAAAAAAAAAAAACAGCUCUGAUGUGGCUGUGUCCCUCUACUGGCAAGAUUGCUGCAUUACGACGUGUUCUUAUCUAGUGUUCUAACCCGUGGACAUUUCAUGCACACCUCUGUUUUAAUUUUUGUUUCAUCAGUGCAACUUUAAGUUAAUCUGUAACCAGUUAAUAAAGACCUUGUACAUGCCUUAACCUUGAGUUUAUAGAAGUUUAACUGCGACCGGAGAUUGGCUUUGAAAAACACAGGCAGAGAAAACUGAGGUAGCAAAAAGACAGUGAGCUGAGGACACUCCUGCAAGGACAGACCAGGAGUUUAGUGAGGAGCCAGGUAGGGGCAGGUCACUAGAGUGAGGAAUUGGGAGGGAGCCCGUGUGGUCUAGUGAUCAGCGCUAAGAGACAGUGAGGGAAGCUGUGUGGUCUAGUGAUCAGGGCUAAGAGACCGGGACGAGGCAAUGAGCUCUAGGUGCUCAUUCACACAGUCACAUGAUGUCAUAACACUACAGGGAAAGAAGGAAUGCAGGGAAUCGGUCCGGUUUAACAAACGUGCUAGACUGAGGCAGAGGGGUAACUACCUGGUUAUUGGACAAGGUAAUAGACACCUCCUUUUGUUUUGGAAAAUUAAUUCGACGAAGAGAUCAGACUCAGCAAUGGCAGCUCAGCGGAACUCUGUAACUCUGCUGGAAGUGAACCCCACUGUCAGAAACAUGAAGCUUCCUGCUAAAGGAGCCCUGGUCAGCAGAGCAGCUGAGAUCACACAGGAGCUGCAGCAGGGGGUGCCGAAGCCCUUCAAGGAGGUCAUCUCAGUUCACUAUGGGGACGGACAUGCCAUGGGAAUGAAGCCAAUCACCUUCAUUCGACAGGUCAUGGCUGCCUGUUUCUACCCUGAGCUUCUAGACAGUGAGCAGCUUCCCAACGAUGUGAGGUCACGAGCAAAGACACAGCUGCAGAAAUGCGACGGGGGAAGCAUCGGUUCGUACUGUGACUCGAGAGGACUCCUUCAUGUCCGGCAGAGCGUGUCGCGGUACAUCGAACGGCGAGACGGGGGGGUACCCUGUGACCCCGGGGAUAUUUACAUCACGGGAGGAGCCCAGAGAGCGCUGCAGCUGGUUCUGAAGAUGCUGGUGCACAGUGAAGGUCACUCUCGGACGGGUGUCCUGGUUCCUGUUCCCUCAUACAUGCGGUUCAACAGCGCUGUGCAGGAGCAGGGAGGGGUCAUGCUGCCAUACCACCUGAGCGAGGAGCAAGGCUGGGAGCUAGACAUCAAGGAACUGCAGAGAGCCCUCCACACAGCCAGGAGUCAGAAGUGCAGCCCCAGAGUGCUGUAUGUCAUCAACCCUGGGAACCCCACAGGUCAGGUCCAGAGCAGGAAGAGCAUUGAAGAUGUGAUCCGAUUUGCUGUUGAGGAGAAGCUCUUCCUGAUGGCGGACGAGGUGUACCAGGACAAUGUCUUCGGGGAUGACUGUGAGUUCCUCUCCUAUAAGAAGGUUCUGUUCGAGAUGGGACCGGAGUACUUCCGCAAUGCUGAGCUGAUCUCCUUAAACUCGAUCUCCAAGGGCUUUGCAGGGGAGUGUGGUUUCCGCUGUGGUUAUCUGGAGUUUGUGAAUCUGGACCCCCAGGUGCGGAGGUACGUUCAGCAGGUGAACUCGGUGGAGUGCUGCCCCCCCACCCCUGGGCAGAUCAUCCUGGACACCCUGAUGAACCCACCCCUCCCUGGGGAGCCCUCGUACCCUUCCUUCACAAUGGAGCGCCAGGCCAGUCUGGACACGCUGGCUCGCAAUGCCCGGCUGGCAGAGCGGACUCUCAACUCUGUUCCUGGGAUCAGCUGCGUCCCGAUGCAGGCGGCCAUGUACUGCUUUCCCAGGAUCCACAUGCCCUCCCGCGCAGUGCAGUGUGCCCAGGCCCAGGGCCUGGCUCCGGACCUGUUCUACUGUCUGAGACUGCUGGAGGAGACCGGGGUGGCUGCAGGUCCUGGCAGUGAACUGGGAGAGUGGGAAACAACCCAUCAUAUCAGGUUUUGCAUCCUGAUGCCGACAGAGACGCUGCAGGUUGUGCUGAGCAGCUUGAAGAGUUUCCAUCUGAAAUUCACGCAGGAGUUUUCAUAGCGCUGCUGCAGCCUCGAUCUCUCAGAGACAUCCUGACAAAGAAAACACACCACAUGCAACAUUUCAGCAGCACUGUGUCUUCAUGAAGAGGUCCAAUCUCAUUUCAAUUGUUUCUUUUCAUUCCCCUGCAUGCUCUUGUAUGGUGUUUGCAAUCAUGCACAGGGUUCUGGGCUCUUUUCCUCUCAUAUAGAUCUUAUCAUCUGUCUCUAUAACAGCCUUUGCCUGACUUGGCAUUUGCUUUGAGCUGGACUGGAGUUGCUAAGUGGCAGAACUAAUAGCCUUCCUCAUUCAUUUAAAUUGAAUUAUGUGACAGUGCGCCCUUUCAACUCUGCCAGCCCCACCAUCUCUCCCUCCCUGUCAU